UCACACUGUCCACUUGAAGGCGCAUUUUUCAGCCCUGCAUUAAACUUACGAACAGCUCUGAGUCUUCUUGAAAUUCAUCCUCUACGAAUUCAACGUCCCAAAAUCCACGCUUCAAAUCUACCAGCAUGUCCACAAUAGACGACCCCGACGUCCCACGGACAAACAAACGCUUCGUCCCUCUAGAAAACAACCCGGAAGUGAUGACCAACCUGAUGACCACUCUCGGCCUCUCCCGCAACCUCGCCUUCCACGAAGUAUGGUCCAUCGACGAGCCGUCCCUCCUCGAAUUUAUCCCACGCCCGGCGCACGCCCUCCUGCUCGUCUUCCCAGUCACGCAAGCAUACGAAGCGCAUCGCAUGUCCGAGGACUCGUCCGCACAAGACUACUCCGGUAGUGGCGAUGCGGAGCCCGUGGUGUGGUAUAAGCAAACCAUCGGGAACGCAUGUGGAUUGAUCGGACUGUUGCACGCGGUGUCUAAUGGAGAGGCGCGAGAGAAUAUUGUGCCGGAGUCCAAUUUGGCGAAGUUGCUGGCUGAGGCUGUGCCGAGGGGGCCGUUAGAGCGUGCACAGUUGUUGUAUGAGAGUAAGGAGCUAGAGGCUGCACAUGCUAGUGCUGCGUCGACAGGGGAUACUGCUGCGCCGUCUGCGGACGACACUAUUGAUCUGCACUUUGUGUGUUUCGUGAAGGCGGCGGACGGGCACCUAUGGGAGAUGGAUGGGCGGCGGAAAGGACCUCUUGACAGGGGCGAUAUCGGAACCGGUGAUGUAUUGAGCGAGAAGGCGUUGCAAUUGGGACCAAGGGCGUUCAUUGAAAGGGAGAAAGAGAGUGGCAAUGAGAAUUUUAGCUUAAUCGCGUUAUGUAAGUCGUUGGACUAAAGAAUAUUUCGGAGAAGACAAAUAAUUACCAUUGAUGAAUGGCAAGCGAGUCGAAUAUGUUAUAGGUCAGGUGUGCAGGAAAAGUAUGCACAUACGCAUUUCAUCGAAUAGGAAUUCGCCAACCCGCCGAGUGCCCUAUGGCUAUGCUUCGAGAGCAAAGGAUCUGACGCCAUAAUUGCACAACCCAAUAAAACACCCUGACUCCAACCGGUUCCUUUGACUUGAUAUUGCUCUUUCCUCACGUCUCUGCCACAGGCUACUGCACAAACCGUGUGCCCAUCAACUCAUCCACAUACGCCCUUUCUCUCGUUCCCU